UGCGAGGAUGCAGGCCAGGAAAAAGUGUACAGAUGACAGAGGCAGAAGUCCGUGGGCUCUGCCUCAAGUCCCGCGAGAUAUUCCUGCAGCAACCCAUACUUCUUGAGUUAGAGGCACCUCUCAAGAUCUGCGGAGACAUUCACGGCCAGUAUACAGACUUGCUACGUCUCUUUGAGUAUGGCGGCUUCCCCCCCGAGUCCAACUACCUCUUCCUUGGGGACUAUGUGGACCGUGGGAAGCAGUCGCUUGAGACCAUCUGCCUGCUCUUAGCCUACAAGAUCAAGUACCCUGAGAACUUCUUCCUCCUUAGGGGCAACCAUGAGUGCGCCUCCAUCAACAGAAUCUACGGCUUCUUCGACGAGUGUCGCAGGAGGUAUGGCACAAAGCUCUGGAAGACUUUUACAGACUGCUUCAACUGCCUGCCCAUUGCUGCCAUCAUUGAUGAGAAGAUCUUCUGCUGCCACGGAGGGUUGAGUCCCGACCUACAGAGCAUGGAACAGAUCCGGCGGAUAAUGAGGCCCACUGAUGUUCCUGACACUGGUCUCCUCUGUGACUUGCUGUGGUCAGAUCCUGACAAAGAUGUUUCAGGCUGGGGUGAGAAUGACCGUGGUGUCUCCUUCACUUUCGGUGCAGAUGUCGUCAGUAAAUUCUUGAACCGUCAUGAUUUAGACUUAAUAUGCAGAGCACAUCAGGUUGUUGAAGAUGGUUAUGAAUUCUUUGCCAAGAGACAGUUAGUCACUCUGUUCUCAGCUCCAAAUUACUGUGGAGAGUUUGACAAUGCAGGAGGAAUGAUGUCUGUGGAUGAAACCCUCCUCUGCUCCUUCCAGAUUUUGAAGCCGUCAGAGAAGAAGGCCAAGUACCAGUACAGCGGCCUCACUCAGAACCGUCCCAACCCCCCCAACCGUCAACAGCGACCUCAGCAGCAGAGAAAAUAAGCCAAGCAGGCAACAGCACUAUUCAAACAAAGGAAGAAGGAUUGGAGUGUGGGGUAACCCUCAAUGGUGGCAUUUUUAAGAGAGGCUUCGCACACAUCUACCAUCAUUGGCUCUCCUGGAAUGUUAUUAUAUAUAUAUUAUAUAUUUUUUUUUUUCCUAUUUCUGCAUGAUGUCAAGUGAUGGUGAGAAUGAUGAAAACAACAAUAAGAUGUCAAUGAAAGUGAUUGUUUCCUUUAAGGAACCUUGCAGACAGGAAGCCAUUAGAUACUGUUGGUAGUUAAAGUGUGAGAACCAAGGCGAGGGGAGUACACAGAGAGAGUGAAUGACAUCAUAGCAGGGUAGCAGGAGGGCGGGAAAUGAGGGCCUUGCUUGCUUUUUUGCGCAUCGAAGCCUCGCCUUGUGAAUUUUUUUUUUCUUGAAUUUCUUGAAGCUUUGUAUUGAUGAUUUCUUAUCAUCAGAUUUUUGCCUUAUGGUGUUUUUUUUGUUUUUUUUUCUUCCACUCAAAAUUUUUUUUUACCUGAUGAGGAACUUCAUUGGGCUUUCUUACUAUAUAAAAGCUUAAUGGAAGCAAACCUUCAUAUCCUGCCUUUCAGUCAUAUGCAGACACUCGAGCAAAUACGCAUAUAAGAAUUUAGCUGUGUCAUUGUUAAACAUUCUGAUGAAAUGUACAAUACAAUGUGUGCUGUCUUUUUAUAUGUCUGUGUUGCAAGAAAUUUAAUGUUUUUGCCAAAAACAUACUGUUGUUGGCAUCUAGAAAAUGUAUUUCUACUUUCUUUUAUAACUGAUAUUACAUAACCAUGGCCUGGAAAGAGGUAACUAGUCAUCGUCACCAGAAUGCCAGAAAAGGCUAAAAAGUUAUAAACGAAAAAGAAACAAAUAAUUUUUCACUUAAGAGUUAUAUAUAAUCUAAGUCAAAAAACAAAAAAAUCAUAGCAUUUAACUUUA